AAGAAGCCAACUCAUCUGACACAAACAGUGGGCCAAAGAAAGGGGAAGAGCAGGAGCAGCACUGUCCAGAACGAGUGGAAAAUCAAAGUUGGAGAAGUGUAAAAAGAGGACGGGACAGAGAGAAAAAGAGCCUGAGAGUCUGCGCAAAGACUGAACCGGGGUAAAAAAAAAAGAAGAAGAACAAAAGAAGAAAAAAGGGGGUUGAAGCAGAGAGGGGCCCCAACAUUUAAAAAAGAGAGAACAGGAUGUCAACGCUUCCCUCAGAAAACAGCCCUGAAGAUGCCAACAAUCGCAGCUUCUGGAUGCCUGGGAACUAUCAGCGCACCGUAAAGCGAACAGAGGACUCCUUCCAGGCCUGUAAUGACAUCGUGGCGUGUUUCCAAGAGAGAGCUCGCGUGGAGAGACAGUACGCCCAGCAGCUCAGUGAAUGGAGUAACAAGUGGAAGCCAGUCGUGGACUCCAGUCCUCUGUAUGGAUCUCUGAUGAAGGCCUGGCAGUGCUUUCUGUCCUCCGCUGACCGACUGGCCUCCUUACACGCCUCCAUCUGUCGCUCUCUGGUGUCGGAGGAUGGAGACCGGGUCAGGACCUGGCAGAAGGACACCUUCCACAAGAAGUUAUUCGGAGGCUUCAAGGAGUCCCAGGACAUUGAGACGGGCUUUAUACGUGCUCAGAAACCUUGGGCCAAACGACUUAAAAAGCUGGAUAAAGCCAGGCGUGCAUACCACAAAGUGAGCCGCAAGGAGCAGGCGGCCAGGGAGCGGGAGGCACACGCUCAGGGAAACCCGGACGUCGCCAUCGACAAACAGAAGAAGAUCCAGGAAGAGAGAGAGCUGGCUCAGCAGGAGGCCGAGAAGGUUCGAGCCCGCUAUGAAAAAGUCCUUGAGGAGGUGAACCGCUACGCUCCGCGCUACAUGGAGGAGAUGGAGUCCAUCUUUGACCAAUCGCAGGACGAGGAGCGCAAGAGGAUUGUCUUCCUUAAACAGGCUUUCCUCUCAAUCCACAAACAUCUGGACAUCACCAACAAUGAGAGUGUGAGGGCCGUGUAUAAUGAGCUCCACAACACACUGAUGGCCAUCGAUGAGCAUGAGGACCUCCGCUGGUGGAAAAACACCCACGGGCCCGGCAUGCCCACCGACUGGCCUCACUUCCAGGAAUGGACACCUGAGAAGAAACCAAGUAAAGGGAAGAAAGAAGUAGAAAAGAAAGCAACGAUAGAGAGGAGCACGAUGAUUGGAGGCGUGAGAGUAAGAGCUCUGUAUGAUUAUGUUGGCCAGGAGACAGAUGAGCUGUCAUUUAAAGCAGGUGAGGAGUUUUUGAAGAUCGAAGACGAGGACGAUCAGGGUUGGUGUCGGGGGAUGAAGGACGACGGCUGGGAGGGCCUUUACCCAGCCAACUAUGUCGAGGUGGUUUAGUUUUUGCAUCUAGACUGAAAGUGAAAUACCUUCUUACAUCACGUGCUUCACUUCACUGUGUGAAGUCACAGCCUGGUUUGACAUCUAAAUGCCAGAAACAUAAAAACCAAUGCUGUAAAGAACAAAUAGCUGUUAGCCAAAGAUCUGGUCUGUGAUGGGAGUCUGAUCAUGUUUAGGUUGAUAUUUUAGCUUAAAGAGAUCUUUUUAAAAAGCUACCCAGGUUGUGGAAUCUCUUGAAGGAUUUGGACAAAUGUUUUAAUAUAUACAGUAUGCCUACAACAACCUAUUCAAGCCAUAUGAUAAACAAUGCUUUAAUGUAAGAAAUGUUUAAAAAAAAUGCUGCUUGUAAGGUAUGCUGUAUAAUUAGCCACUUGGUGUUAAAAUUACAUUACAGGAGCAUUUUUUUCUUUGAGCUGUUUUAUUUUCUUUUGCACCUCAACACAUCGCUAUUCAAAUGCUCACAAAGCCUCUCAACAUAUGAAGAAAAAGUGCCGCUUAUACUGUGAUUAUAAUUAAUCCGAAGCAGCCGUACGAGUGGUGUCAGUCUGGCAAAUGUAGAUAGUUACAUGAUUUGUAUUUCUCUGCUGGUUUUGUGAUUUAAAGGAACAGGUUCAUGUUUUUAGGAAGAUGGUUGUCGGCUGUCAAAUUCAUGCUGGGAUGUGAAGAUUGACAUCAGUACACGGGGAACUGUUAGCUUUGCAGCAUCCACACACAUUCCUGGAACUCCAAAGCUACCUUUUUUUCCUUAACAACUCAUGGUAUGAUACUCAUGUGAAAGGUUUUGCUUGUAGUGACAAGCCCAGGGAAAUUUCAGGGGUCUGUAGUUCCCCUGAGCUCUGGAGCUAUGGAGAUUUUUACAACGUAAUUUAGCCCAUUGUUUUGGUUUUCUGGUCCAUAACCAUUUAGUUCACUCUCUCUCCCUCCUCAGUGUCAUUUUUGGCAAAGGCUCUCUAAAAAUAACCUCCCUGCAUAGCACUAAAUGACAGACAGACACGGUUACUUGAGACACAGUCUCUAGUAAUUGUUUAUGCAAAAGGCCAAUAUAAAGGUCAAAGGUCAUUCAAGUAUCUGUUUUAUUCUGUUUCCAGUCAGGGACAUCUGCAUUUGCAUUUCCCUCAGGAGUUGUUUGAGAGAAAGAAUUGAGCUCAAAGAGAGUUAGCGCUGGACAUUUAUCAGGUGGCCAGGAACACAACACCGAAUGAAAACUAAUGUUGCUUCACAUCUGCUGGACGUGUAAAUGGAUUGCUAUCAAGUUUACCUAUUGGAUUUUAAAGCUAAGGUCAUGUUGGUGUUGUGUUCGCAGCUUCUAGGUGGUCAGAAAAUCAGCUAUUGCAGGUUUAAAUGCAAAAAACAAGGCAUUGUUGUUAAAUGAGUGGUUUAUGUGCAGUGUACAAGAUUCAUUUAUUCACCAGUAACUGCAAAACUGACCUGGUGACUGCAGGUGUCUUGACUUGUGAUUGUCUGGCAGGUUCCUGUCAUAAUGAACUCGCAAAAUACUUCAACUGAACGGGUGUAUUAAUGGCAAGUAGCUGCUUACUGCAGCUAACUGUAGCUGCCAUUUGCAAGUUAACUCAGUUAGCAAUGUCGCUAGUGUUCCGAGUUGGGAGCUCGGAGACGAGUGGAGUGUUGGUGUUUAAACCAUUAGCACAGGAGUUUUGGACCUGGACAGGCCAAGGCUAGCUGGUUAGCAUGCUAACUUCUCUGCAGCACACUACAUACAGAAAAACAAUAUACAAUACAUACAGAAAAUGAUGUCAGAACUGCUAUUUCUUCACAUUCUGUUGAUACUUUUUAAGCUGUUUGUUAAUGCUACACACAAACAUUACAAAUCAAUGAAUGUUUGAUCAUAACCUUCAUGAUUUGGUAAGAGGCCGUGUUAUAAACACAGUAAUGCACUCCACAGAGAAUAAUGGACUUGGCAGAGGAAGUGGUGUAGCCUGCGCUCCAUUGAUUAUGUUCUUGUUGUUGGAUACCUUAUUGCAGGGUAUCACAAAACAUGGUGUUCAUCAUGUGAAAAUAAGACAGCUUUGCCCCAGUUCUGCCGAUUGGGGCGGUUUAAGCAGGAGUAGAGCUUGUCUGGUAAUUGCAGAGUUGGUUGUACAAUCCUGCUCUGGACCUUAAAAUUGCUGCUGAUGACAGCUGCACCACUAUCCAACUGUGUAAGUGGGUGAAUGAGAGGAAAAUUGUAAAGCUAACUUUUGAAAGUGCAGUCCAUUUAUCUGCUUUUUACCAUUUUGAUGGAGCGAGGCUGGGAGUUUCUCCCUGUUGCCAGUCAUUGUGAAAACCUGGGACCCAUUAUUUACAAACACCUCACGGCCAAACUGAUCUUAAUCUUGGGACUACAUUAAGAUUAUCUGAGCAUCUAGGUUCUUUCAGCAAACAGGGCCCAGGUCUAAACAACGUCCCAGAUAUAAAGACGGUUCAGACAUAAGGCAGAUGUUUUUCUUCUUCAUCAGAUCCUCAGUUUGACGCCAAAACAUCCAAAUUCUUAACAUGUGACUGUUCCUUUAAGAUAAGUCCUGGGGAACAAAUAGUUUUCCUUUCUGUCUGUGUAUCUGAUCAUCUUUUACUAUAAUGUAUGACACUUAUCAUGGAGAGCAUCUUUACCAAAGUAAGGAAACAACUUCCAGAAAGCGCUGGGUGUGCCUUGCUCAUGUCCGUAGCCUUCCUUUCUAUCUGUGUAUGUGCUGUGUGUCUUUGUCAUGUAAAAACUAUGCUUUUGGAAAUCUUUUGGAAAUAAAAAUGAAACUGUUACACAACA